AUGUGUGACGUGACAAAACAUCGAUCUAGCCCUGAUUUUGUACUUCCAGCAAUUUUCAGAGCUAUCGAGCGAGGGAUGUUUGAGUUUACUGACACUGUAUUGCAAGCAAGACCAGAUCUCAUGUGGUUCUCUAAUCAAAAGGACAGGAACCUCUUUCAUUUUGCCAUUGAAUGUCGCCAAGAAAAAAUUUAUAGCCUUAUUUAUAGACUCAAUAAAAGAAAAAGAAUAAUGAUUGGACAUAAAGCUGAUAAGUCUGGCAAUUGCGCGCUACAUGUGGCCGGGAUGCUAUCCCCAUUGGCAAAGCUCGAUAAUAUCUCAGGUGCAGCUUUGCAAAUGCAGAGAGAACUGCAAUGGUUUCAGGAGGUUGAGACUAUUGUAUUACCCCGGAUUAAAGAAUCUCCUAAUUACAACGACGGUAUGAUGCCGUGUGAGCUGUUUACAAGGAGCCACAAGGAAUUGGUGAAGGAGGGAGAAAGAUGGAUGAAAGAAAGUGCAACUUCUUGUACAGUUGUAGGUGCUCUCAUUAUUACCAUGAUGUUUGCUGCAGCAUUCACAGUUCCUGGUGGAAACAACGGAGAAACAGGCUUCCCAAUAUUCUUGCAUAAAAAAUUAUUUAUGGCUUUUAUGGUUUCAGAUGCUAUAUCGCUCUUUUCAUCUACAACUUCGGUGUUGAUGUUUUUAGGAAUCCUUACAUCACGUUAUGCGGAAGAUGAUUUCCUCAAAUCCUUACCAACAAAGAUGAUAAUAGGCCUUUCCACCUUAUUCAUCUCUAUUGCCACCAUGAUGGUUGCCUUUUCUUCCGCCCUUUUCAUUAUGAUCCAUGAACAGUCGUGGAUUGUUAUUCCAAUGAUUUUCCUUGCUAGUGUUCCAGUCACCUUAUUUAUUUGGAUGCAAUUUCCUCUUCUAGUUGAGAUGUACAUUUCUACUUAUGGAGGAGGAAUAGUUGACAAGAAAGUGAAAUCAAGGGCAUAA